CUCUAACCCCAGCGUAACUCUAACCCCAGCGAAACACUGAUUUGCUGUGUGCUGAAACGGCGAGGGGGAUGGCGGAUCUUCUGAUAAAGCCCGAGCAUGGAGCGGCUGGUACACUCUCCGAGAGCCGGAAGAAGAAGCUGGAGCGCAACCGGGUUCUGGCGACGCAGAAGAAUACCGCCAUCGCCGAACUGAAGAAGGUAGAUACCAACGCUACGAACACAGGCGAGUGUGUGAUCAUCUCUCUUUGAUUGCGCUUGCUACCGUCAGAGGAACCGCGAAACUCGAGAGGCGCUCAAGAUCCGGACUCUCCAGUACGAGGAGGAGUACCAGACUGAGCAGGAGAACGCACUCGCCCUUCGCAGGUCGGUCGACAUCAAGAUGGCACCAGAUUGCCGCACUUGAUCUGGCCGUUUCUUCCAGGGAAUCUCGUGCCGAGGGGGGCUUCUACAAGGAGCCGGAUGCGCAGCUCAUAUUCGCCAUUCGCAUCAAGGGGUGAGUCGCGCAGGCAGGCAGCCUGCCGUUUCCUGCGUUCCAUGUUUGAUUCUGGAUCCUUCAGUAUCAACAAGCUGGCUCCGAAGCCUCGCAAGGUCCUUCAGCUGUUCCGCCUCCUGCAAAUCCACAACGGAGUGUUCAUCAAAGUGAACAAGGCCACCACCGAGAUGCUCAAGCUGAUCGCUCCCUUCGGUCAGACGUGCCAGCUGGGCAGAGAACUACACCUGGUGACGGUUAUUGAAUGCUGUCCCUUGAUUGGCCUGAUUGCGCACAGUUACGUACGGCUAUCCGUCUCUGAAGACGGUGCGGGAGCUGAUCUACAAACGGGGAUACGGAAAGGUCAACAAGCACCGCAUCCCCCUCCAGGAUAAUCAGAUCAUUUCUGAAGCCCUUGGCAAGGUGAGGCUGGAAAUUAUCCAACGCAUCCUCUGCUCUCGCGGUAUGUGUAUGAUUACCGUGUACGUGUGGCUGACCAGUAUGGCAUCCAUGGUGUGGAGGACCUCGUGCACGAGAUCUACACUGUCGGCCCCCAUUUCAAGGAGGCGAACAACUUCCUCUGGUAAGUCAGUCACCUCACUCACUUGCCUUGCAAAGAUCUCCGAUCGAUGAGUCAGCCAGUGCCAUGUCCUUUAUGGUGCUGUCUGUGCCUUCCCUGCUCUAACAUAACAGGCCGUUCAAGUUGAAUUCGCCGAGGGGAGGUUUCGUCGCCAAACGCCACGGCUUCACCGAGCCUCGUGGCGGCGACUGGGGCAACAGGUCAGACUGACACGACAGAGUGCCUGUUUGCUGUGCGGAAAUACUUCCCUCUACUGCCAUGAUUCUGUCUAUGUUCAAUGCAGGGAGCUUCUCAUCAACAGCCUGCUGACCAAGAUGAUCUGAGUCGG